GCCGGGGGCACAGAGAGACACUUAACAGAUCGGAGGCAAGUGCAGGUGUAUCAGGACCAGAGACUAGACCUGACUGGGGGAUUUACUGUAACGAGAGGACAAAUUUAUUUAUUUUUUCCUCCUGGAACAAGUGUUUCCCCAUUCAUCCAUCCAACGCCGCGACGGACGGCGGCAUUCCUGCGGUCACUCGCCGACGGCGAAGUGAACCGUAAAUCGCCAUUUGAAAAAGGGGACGUGGGGAAAGACUUCCUCGGAGUGUCGGGUGGCCUGCGUCAUGGCGGCCAUCGAUUUAGAGCGCGGGCUGGAACACGGCAGGCGAGGUUGGGGGGCAGAGAGGACCGACACGAUGGAAGACUUUGACUCGGAGAUGCAAGAGUGGGAGGACCAGCUGCAGGACAUCCAAAGGAAAAUAGAAGAGCUGUACAGUGAGGUUCAAGCACGUAGGGGACGGAAUGGCGUCACCGUAGAUGGCCAAGAUAACGUCAAAGACGGCCCCGGGUACCAUGACAACGGCAUUUUUGCACCGGUCCAUCAAAACCCUCGUCACCCUAGCAACGGGCUCAGCUACCCCGCGAGCCACCAGAACGGCAUUUCGGAGAUUGGAGACUUACUGCAGGACUACCUGGGCCGCGGCGAGCACGCGAAUCGGAAGAACAACGGCGCUCGCCACGUGCACUUCAGCGACACCAUUAAAGUGAGUCAGGACGAGAGCAGAAGAACAGCAAAUCAAAGGGUGGGACCUGAGCAGUUUUUGUGCAGUUUCGAGGAGUCGGAAAACCGAAAGAACAGACCACCCGAUGCGAAAAGUUGUCUUAAAGAACAUUCGGCUACCAAGCCGCCUCUCGGUCAGAAAGAGCUUGCCAGCGUUGCCUCCCCGCCACGCUUCACCGCUCAGCUCAUGACAGCGGAGUCGCCGACUCUAGACAGGAAAUCCUACGGUCUCUGUGUCCUCAGUGACAGGAAGUGCGGCAGCCCGUCCAUUCUCCGGAAGUUUGGGGCAAUGCUGCAGGAGAAUGAGGGGAAAAUGCUGACCGACACGGGUGUGGUGUUGUCGGAGAUCAAAUGCCACCGUCCUAGGUGUCAGCCCAAGGUGGUUGCGGCAGGACCUGGCAAGACCUCCCUCCAAAAAUGGAGUUCCGAAGCGGACCACGGGGCAUCGGAACCCGCCAGACAUCACCACAGAGAUCUGCGAGCAGGAUCCCAGGCCAGAUCACAGGUUCCCGGGAGCCCCCGGACCAGGCCUAGGUCCAAUAGUGCGGCCGACAGAGAGAGAGUGAGGAAGCCCACCUCCCAUCACGGGGAGCCCAACACCGACUCCGGGAUUCAGAGGAGCAGGUUGCAGAGUCAGUCGGACGUUUCUGCUUGUUGGAGAGAUGAAGGCCUCAUUACCUUGCUGGACAUGCUGGAUAUCCAACAUGAGUACACGUCCAGAGCUGGACACACGGCCUACAAGACCCACCCACAGCAGAUAAAUACACCCCAGUGGUCCUCCGAGCCCAAGACAAGUUUCUCUCGUCCCGCUCGACCCGCCAACCAGCGUCCUCCUUCCAGGUGGGCGAGCAGAACACCGAGCGCCAGGAUCGCCGUCCCGUUGGGCCCAAAAUACCGGCCCCAGAGCCCCCUCAUCCACGCCUCUACCACCAAGAACAGAACCCCCAGCCCCUUUCUCAAGCACCGGCCGGCCAGUUGCAGCCCAUCCCCCGCCGAGACGGUCAUCAUGUGAUAGCGUUUCAUUUUCCAACUUUCCAUCCACGCCACAUCCUGUGUAAAUAUUAUGGACUGUGCUGUGAGGGCUAUGAAGUUCAUUUCGACUAUGGAAAGCAGCCUUUGAGCAUUCAAUAUUGUUAAUAUCCAGAUUAGGCUCCACGUACGAGUAAAUACUUUGGCCUCACCGGUAAGACAAUUCAACGCAUUCGUAGGAGAUCAAACAAACGCUCAUCCGAUUUUACAGAAAGCAUUUUCAGGAUUGGAUAAAGGAUCAAAAUGGUUUUCCGUGUUUGAGUGACCGCCAACAUUCUCCAUUUUGUCUCUCCACUUGGUCAACAUGUUAGCAUUUUGUUCAGCUGCUGCCCCCCCCCCUUUAUCCCCCUUCCCGACUUUUCCCCCUCUUUUUUUUUUUUUAAAUGACGUUUCUUUUAUGUAUAUUUAUGUACUUUGCGAUAUUGCAUGCAGCCCGAGUUUGGAGGGCGGCAAUGUACUGUUAACAUAAUUGUGACUUACAGUUUUGUGAAUGCAUACAUAUACAGUAUUUAAAAUGUCCAAAACAACCCAUGUUACGAAUGACUAUGGUAUGCCUUCAUGUAUUUUGUUUUU